AUGGAGAAGGAAGAGAAGAAUCAAAGACCCUGUAAGCCACCAGAAACAGAUUUGUUUUUACAAUGGGGUAAUAGGAAGAGACUCAGAUGUGUGAGGAAAGAGACCUCUUUUCCUCCACCACCCAGUUAUCUCACCAGUUACAAGAAUUCUAAGACUCUGGCGGAGAAUCGAAAGUCAUCAACAUCGCCGAAGAAGGAAGAGAGGUUUUAUACGACGAGAGGGUCAGUGGUGGGGUUGGAGGAGAAUGGGAAGGUUUUCAGUGGAAGGUGGUGGAGGACAAGGAGGGGAUGA